AGUUGAUAUUUGAGUAAAAUGGCGCUAAAGCCUAAGGUGAAUCAGAUUAAUCAAUCAAAAAUGAGUCUGUAAAUAAACACAUGAUGAUGGCAGUUUGAAACAAAAGGAUAACAUAAAGCGAUAUACAUAUUGGAUUAUGUUCAAGACUUGAUUAACAACAAUCCAGCACAAUGACUACAGUACCAGGCAACCAGCAGUACAAGAUCGGGGGUGUGUCUGUACAUUUCCCCUGCAAGCCAUACCCCUCCCAGUUCAGUAUGAUGGACAAGAUAAUCAAGGGUAUUGAGAGGAGACAGAACUGUUUACUGGAGAGUCCAACAGGAAGUGGAAAGAGUCUUGCCCUGCUGUGUUCAGCCCUAGCCUGGCAGAGAGCCGAGACAGAGAAGCGAGAUCAAGAAGAAGCAAGAAAGCAGAAAGUUCUUGAAGAUGCAGCAAAUGGAGUGUCUGGAUGUUUGUGCAACUGUCAUAUAGAUGCAGCCAAACACAAGUCUGAGGGAGACUCGACGUCGGCCUACUUCCCCCCUCCGGAAGGGGCUGCAGCAACACCUUGUGCUAAAGAGAAAGAUAUCAUCUGUGUUGAUGAUGAUGGUGAUGGUGAUUUUAAAGAAGACUCCAAGACUUUCAGGACUCCUGGCACCCACCAGCCAAGUUUAUCCAAAAAGCUUCGGAGACAUGUGAUCAUUGAAUAUGAUGACUCUCCAAUAAAACCAGGCACCAUGGACACGCCCAAGGUUGAGAGUAUGGAAGUCAACACGAAGAUAGAGACAGUCAAUAUGGUGUCUCCCCCCAUCACAGACUGCCAGGAAUGUGACUGUGCCACUCUUAGCACCAGCAAGAAAAAAAAAAUCCCUCGAAUCUACUUCGGAACCCGCACACACAAACAGGUAGCUCAGAUUGUCCGGGAACUGAAGAAAACAGCCUACCUUGACGUCAGCAUGACGAUACUGGGGAGUAGGGAGCACACCUGUAUCCACCCCGUGGUGUCCAAGAUGGCCAGCAAGAACGAGGGCUGUCAGGAACUGUUGAAGGGUCCUGGCUGUCGGAUGAAGGACCGGGCCAAGUCCAUCUCAAGCCAGGAGGGCAUCCGUCGGAUGGGGCUGAUGACGGCCUGGGACCUCGAGGACAUGGUGAACAUGUGCAAGAAGCAAAAGGCCUGUCCCUACUUCCUGACACGAGCUCUGAAGGAACAAUCUGAGAUCAUCAUCUGCCCCUACAACUACCUGGUGGACCCUAUCAUCAGAGAGAGCAUGGAGAUAAACUUGAAGGACCAGAUAAUCAUCCUAGAUGAGGCUCACAACAUUGAGGACUCGUCACGGGAAGCGGGCAGUCAGAGCUUGAGACAGGAGCUCAUACAGAAGGCCAUCACAGAGCUGCGAGCCAUGGUGAACGCUGGAGUAGAUGCAUCAGACUCAAUGUUGCUGGAGAAGGUGAUGACUGGACUGGACCAGUUUGUACACCUACAUUCAGACAAACUGGAACAGAAGGACUUUGAUCAGUCGUACAAGAUCUGGUCGGGGUUCGACAUCGUGGCACAGAUGGAUUGUAUCGGACUGGGCCCAGUGAAGUAUCCCGAAGCUAAGAAAUCGUUUGGCGUGUUGGUUGAGGAUAAAGACGAGGUGGUCCGGAACGCCCUGGGUGAGGAAGUCAAACUGAGUCCUCCAGUGAAGACCCUGAUAGAACAGCUCCUGGUGGCGCUGGACUACCUGUACCGGGAUGACAUGAAGUUCGUGGAGGAUUACAGGGUCUCCAUCGUCAAGACAACAACAUUUGUAUCAAAUCAACCAACGAAUGGUGCUUGGUUGAAUCCGAGGCAAAGGCAUGGAGGGCAGAGGAGAGUUCCCACGGUGAUCUCGACACUCAACUUCUGGUGCAUGAACCCUGCAGUGGCUUUCUCAGACUUCCAGAACUGCCGCAGUAUCGUGUUGAGCAGCGGAACGCUGUCACCGAUGUCAUCCUUCUCCUCGGAGCUUGGGAUGACCUUUAGUAUACAGCUUGAAGCCAACCAUGUCAUCAAGGAUGAUCAGGUGUGGGUAGGUGCUAUAGGUCAGGGCCCCAGUGGGACGUCUCUCCAGGCAGUCUACAGGAAUAUAGAGACCUUCAACUUCCAGGAUGAGCUUGGACACCUGGUGCUCCGCGUCUGUAAGACUGUGCCCCAUGGUGUGCUGUGUUUCUUCCCCUCCUACAAGUGCCUGGAGAAACUCACCAACAGAUGGAAGGCUACUGGACUCUGGGACAAGAUGUUCCAGCAGAAGAAGAUUGUUGCAGAACCUCGGGGUUCCGACAAGAUGAACUUUGAGGAGCUGAUGCAUCUCUUCUAUGAUGCAGUGGAAUCCAGGGGAGAUGAAGACAAAGAUGGCGCUCUGUUUCUGGCUGUGUGUCGAGGGAAAGUUAGUGAAGGACUUGACUUUGCUGACAACUUUGCUCGAGCUGUGAUAACCGUGGGAAUACCAUACCCAAACUUCAAGGACAUCCAGGUUGAAUUGAAGAGGAAGUAUAAUGACAAGCAUAAAGCAGCUCGAGGUCUUCUGUCAGGGAGUGACUGGUACGAGAUCCAGGCAUUUCGGGCGCUCAACCAAGCACUUGGCAGGUGUAUCAGACACAGACGAGACUGGGGAGCUCUGAUUAUUGUAGAUGAGAGAUUUGUGAAGAACCCCCAGAAAUACCACAAAGGUUUAUCCAAGUGGGUGAGGAACAAGGCAGUGUCAUACAACACGUUCAACUCCGCCAUGGACUCGCUGUCCUGCUUCACCAAACUCAGGAUCGAGACCAUGGAGAACGAGGAAGCUGAAGCAUCAUUUAUUUCAAGCACACCUUGUACCCAGUCUGUCAAUGAGGCGAUGCCCCGGACCCCACUGCAAGACAAGGCAAACAUCACGCCCCCUUCUGUGUCUGUGCACAAGGGAGACACCUCAAUAUAUGGUCACAUGACUUCUCACUCACCAAUGUAUCUCACCCCUGACCUUGGCAUCAAAACUGAAGCCAGAAGGUCAAAGACAGAGGCAGAUGUCAAAGUAAUUGGACAUUCUGGAAAAAUGUGUUUGGAGCAGAAUGUUGGUGUGGCUUCACAGACAGGGAAACAGAAUAUUGUGAACAAUAUUGUUUUGGGUCAGAAGGUUAUGACAUUGAAUGAAACGCCUGGUAAAGGUGAUGACAAGCCUUCUCUCAGGCCUCACCUAGGUGACCUUGGCAAGAAGAUGGUGGUGUCCCCAGCUAACCCAGGGUCUGGGCACAAUGUAAAACAAACCAAAAUUGUUUUCAAAUUUGAAUACAAGGGGACAGAUACUCAAAACAAGAGAGGGGAUACAACUCUGAAUGAGAACGGUAUAGAAAGUCAUUUGUCAGAUUCAGCGAUCACUACUGAGAAACAGAGCUUGGUGGCUGGUUCUAACACAAAUGUGGUUAAACAGGAACUUGGGUCGUUUAAUCAGAAUCUGGAGAAAGAUAUGAAAUCGAACCGCUUCUUCAAAUUCUGUCAUGUUCCUAGGAGGGACAGUCUGGGUUGUGAGCGUUUAGACCAAUCGGUGGACGAUGGUCAAGACAGUGGCACCAACCCACCUGAAACAGAACCCCUGGUCAGUGAUGCUGCUAAAAGCACAAGUCCUCUUUUGUUUGAUGGAAACUCGGAUCCUCUCAGUAGUGUUUCAGAACAACACGAGACUGCUACCAAGAAACCACUUUUUAAACGAAAGAGUAGAUCAGGUUGUUUAGAAGGGAGCUCUGUUGACUGUAAAGAGAUGCUCGAGGACCAUGUUAAGGAGAAACAUGGCAGCAAGGAAGAUACAUGUGAUAUUGAUGACCUUGAAGGGUUGAUGGUCAAGCGACGGAGUAGCAGACAGAAGAAACGCAAGUCUGAUGGUACUGCCAAGCUAGUGUCCAAAAGAUCCAGGGGAAUAGACUUCCUAGAUGAGGUUCAAGAAGAUGGCUAUCAGAAAUCUAAACAGAUCACUUGCAGUGAAUGUGGCUGUGUUCUUCUUGAUGGAGUCAAGGAUUUUGAAAAGCGGAAAAGAGUGCCAUGUUUCAUGAAGUUGCCUGGAGGUACAGGUGUCCCGGAUGUGGUGUACCUACCAGCGCAGCCGCUGGGGGACUCUCUACAGGCUUUCUCUGCUGUACUCGAAAAUGGUGUGACGUUGGACUGCCACUGUGAUGCUGAGGCUGGAGUAGUUGUCCAGUUUCUCCACUGUAACAAGUGUGGCGGUCAGCCCGACUGUCGGGACGUCCUGGGGUGUCGUGUACUUCUCUCAACAGAUUCCCAGUACCAGAGGGGGCAGAUGUGGCUCAACCUACAGAAGGUGAAGAUUAGCUAGCUCCCUGGACACGUGCAAUACUGACAUUUCACAUACUGCUACAUAAUCUGGGGUUUGAGACCUAGGGGAACCGUCAAGCUAGGAAAAGACUUCAAAGGUGGCUGCGACGGAGUUGCUGAUCGACUGAAUGUCAUACUUGAAACUCCACUUGGCUUGAUGGAUUCUGUGGUCAGUCCCAAAGAUCUUGAGAAAAAGGGGUCUCAACAAGAACUGUAUAUAUAGAUGCGAUGAAAAUAUUGUCAGAAAAUAUCUUGGGUGUAAUAUGUUUGACGACCUACAUUCUAGACUUAUGCAGUCUAGUCUAUGAUUCAGCACCAGAAGUGUGGGAAGUACAAGUGCACUAAAGUGAAGUGUCAAAUUAAUGAAAUAAUUAUAUCAAUUCAUGAACUAAUUAAAUUGUAUGUAAAAUUGUUUGUGCUGAUUUGUUACAUAUUUGUUGCUCUUGUUAAAAGUAUGUCAAUUAUAGUGAAACUAUAAGGUCCUUGUUAUCUAUGUGUUGUACAUGACACAUUCAAGGAUCAUUUUCUCAGUUGUCAGAUAUUGUCAGAUAUCAUCAUACGUAAACUUUUGGUCACACCAGUGACCACUGGAUGUACAGCAUGCUGUGAUAUUGUUGUUUUGUUGCCAAAUAUUGGGCGCCAUGGGAACCUGUCAGAUAUGUGCUGUCUCCUUUGGCAAGGGACUUCGUUUAAACAAUGUGCCUCUGCUCACCCAGCAAUAAAUGGGUACCCAGUAGUAUGAACUAAUGUAUAAUGCCAACUUUCUAGCAAUCAUCAUAGGUUGUGCCGUUUGAAUACACACUCAUCAGAUAAAGUUUUAUUUAUACAUGCUCUUGGAUCUGCACUUAUACAGUUGUCAGUCUAUGUAAGAAACAAACUUUAAUCUACUUCUUCUGUAGAGUUUACAUGUAGGGUGCCAUAUUUGAAACUUACUAGUCUGCUGUAAGAGGAGGAUACAAAUGCUGUAUAUGAUGAACACGAAUUAUUACCAUUUCAGGAAUCAAAACCUGAUCCGAAUAAAUCAGUAAGAUUAU